CAUUUGUGUCGUUUGAUUAAGCCAGUAGUAACUGCUAAAGCGUUUUUCCACGUGUGACCUUCGGGUUCCCAUUUUGAAGACGUUUGAAAGGCCUCCAUUUUGACUGAAGAUGUCUAUCCGAGACCGGUGCGUUACAACAUAUUUUUCGUGGGGGUGAGGGUCGGGAUUUCAGAGCUUUAAACAGAGUUACUUUUCUUUGUUUAAAUUUUAAGCCACAAAAACCUUGUUAUUGUGUAGAAUUUUAUCGCUUUACCUAGGAAAGGAGGCCCUGAGUUAGAACUAACAUCGAGAUAUUGGAACAAUUCUAACGCUUUUUCUUUCGGAAAUAAUUCCCACUCUACCACUACCCCGUGUGCAAAGACUUUUGCUGGACAAUAUGCAAAUAAGAGACGCGGAGCGAUCGAAGACGGCGGCUUAUUUGUUAUUGCUAAUUACUGUCGAUUUCUGCCUGAAAGCAGGUUAAAUGAUUGUACCGAACAACAAAACGGAAAACGUAGGAACAUUUACAUAAAAACUUGGUAAUAUUGAGCGAUUUGGGGAAUUCAAAUUCACCAGACAAAUACGUACAGGCCGAUGCAAAGCUGAUGGAACAACGUUGAAAUGGCGGGAUGGGAAUGUUGUUUGAUAGUCAAAACAUGACAACCCAGCUAAGCUGCUGCAAAGUUCAUGACCUUUGUGUUGAAGACUUCAGCACUAAUAAGGACAAGUGUGAUGUUGGUGAUACAAAAAAAGCAGAGUUUUUGAGGAAAGAUUUCAAAUACAACAAAGCUACCAACAAAUGUUCUCCACUGAGUGAAUAUCGUGAAGGAAGUGAUGAGGAGAAGCGGUGUAGGCAUGCUUUAUGUCUCUGUGAUCUGGAAAUGGUUCGUUGUAUGGGACACAACAAAAAUGAGAUUGACGCUGCCAAGAUCUCAUAUCAGCAGUGUAAUGUCACAGGUAAGAUUUAGUUCCAGGACGAAAUGAUUUGCAUGGUAAUUCAUACUUAUUAUCUUGUUUCCCAUUUCUUAGCAAACGUUUGGUUAACUAUAAAGACCGACCGAGUGGAAAGUUCAGUUAAAACGUUAAAGAGAUCUUUGCAUUGUUAAAUCGAAAAACAUCGAAGUUCAUUAUAUACCAUACACGUUUUCGUUAAAGAUGC